GUAUGCCGGAACUGCAAGUGUCCCCGCGAGGAGCACCAGGACGGACCCCUGGCGGCCAACCAGGCGGAAGUGGACCGGCUGCUGCAGAAGGCCACGCCGCCGCCCUUCCCGUCCCAGCACCCGAACCACACGGGCGGGAACAGCGGCAACGAGGCCGCCCAGCGGCAGUCCCACUCGGACGACGACAGCGGCUGCGCGCUCGAGGAGUACACCUGGGUACCUCCGGGUCUCAAGCCCGAACAGGUGCACCUGUACUUCUCGGCGCUGGGCGAGGACAAGGUGCCGUACGUGAACAGCGUGGGCGAGAAGUACCGCAUUCGGCAGCUGCUGCACCAGCUGCCGCCCCACGACUCCGAGGUGCGCUACUGCAACGGGCUCUGCGAGGAAGAACGCCGCGAACUGCGCCUCUUCUCGGGGCAGCGAAAGCGCGAGGCUCUCGGCAGGGGAUCCGUCCGGCAGCUACCCGUCAACCUCGCCCUGCCCGUCCUCUGCCAGAACUGCGAGGAGCCCCUGUCCGGCGGCGACAUGUGCGUCCUGGCGUCCCGGGCGGGCCCCGACUGCGGCUGGCAUCCUGGCUGCUUCACGUGCUCCACCUGCGGGGAGCUCCUCGUCGACCUCAUCUACUUCUACCGCGACGGAAAGCUCUACUGCGGGAGACACCACGCCGAAAGCCUCAAGCCCAGAUGCGCCGCCUGUGACGAGAUAAUCUUCGCCGACGAGUGCACGGAGGCCGAGGGCCAGGCGUGGCACAUGCGGCACUUCUGCUGCUUCGAGUGCGACCGCCAGCUGGGCGGCCAGCGCUACAUCAUGAGGGACGGGCGGCCGUACUGCCUGCACUGCUUCGACGCCAUGUUCGCCGAGUACUGCGACACGUGCGGCGAGCCCGUGGGCGUGGACCAGGGUCAGAUGUCGCACGAGGGCCAGCACUGGCACGCCACCGAGGCCUGCUUUCGCUGCUCGGCCUGCCAGACGUCGCUCCUGGGGAGGCCCUUCCUGCCCCGCAAAGGGCUCAUCUACUGCUCCCUCCAGUGCAGCAAAGGAGACUCCAAGUCCCCCUCGCACCGGACCGCAUCUCCCGCAUUAAGCAAGGCCCUGCUCCCCACCACCACAACGACUACCGCAUCCAACUCCCCAAGCAAACAGUGCUCCGUUCGGCAAAGUCCACUGCUGAUUCGAAAGCAGCCUCUUCCCCCGCCCGACGACGUUGAUCGACCGCCGCCACCGUUACCCUCGACAGCACCACCCUGCGAAGACGACCCCUCGUUCCCUGUCGAGUCCGCUCAUCAACGGUCCUUCGACUCGGCGUCGUCACACGGCAACUCGGACACCACAGCGACCGUUUGCUCUGAUUCGCCGCGUUCGGGCGUACGGUCCGAAACCCCGGACUCCCAGGCAUCUCGACAGAGCUCGUUCACGCCACCGAAGGCAAGAGCAGCAUCGCCUGCAGGAAGUGUGCAAGGGAGCUCGCAUGGGAGUGCGUACGGGAUACCGCCGGCGGCAGGGAUUCUCAAGAAGUCCGCCAGUUUGGCAUCGGAAUCGCCGCAGCUACGAACGAAGCUCUUCCCGACCUCGCCGAGUCUCACACCGGCGAGGCAAAACAUAGGUUUGCUCUCCAAUUCUCCCAGCGGUGUGAGGAGAACGAUAUCGACGGUUUCGCCGCUGCAGGGCUCCGCCAGUCAGCAGUACGGUCUGGGUAUUCCUACGACGCCGCCCAAGCAGUUGUUGUCUCCGAACCUCGGCCGAAAUUUCUCUCCGCCUUCGCCGACUGUUGGAUCCUCCAUCUACGGCGCUCGGCAGAAGACCAUUUUUUCUCAGCCAUCCGAAAGCCCGAGGGUGCGACCGAGGCUUCAGGGGACGGCGUCCCUAUCCGGGUCCCACGUAAGCCUCUCUCAAAGUCCCUGUGGGCGGUAUCCAUCCGGGAUAAGUCCCAUGCCGCCGAUGCCGUCACCAACGCAGAUGGUUCGCGGCAUCCUCAGCCAAGGCGAGAGCUUGCACGGACGUCGAAGCGACAGCCCUGAUCGCCAGCUCGCGUGCCGUCCUCAGGGAAAUGUCUCUACGACAUCGGCCAGUGGCGACGCCGUCUUGUCGACCCCAACCUGCGGUCGACGACGCGAGCCACUCAACGUGUCCGACCUGCGCUUGGGGGCUCUCCUGGCCAGUUCCGAGGUCUUCGUAGAAGUCGUAGAAGAAAUCCAGAACGGUCCUUUUAGUCGAACGAGUAGCCACCGCCUCUCGGGAUCGCACUUCUCGAUGCCGGACCUGUCCCUCAGCCACACACACAUCCAGCAGUCGUCCUCUUGCAGCGGACAAGAGAACACCUGCGGGCUGCCGCACUCACCCUUGACGAGCAGCACUCCUAUCGCGCAACCGGGACCAGCCAAGAUGUUGUCCGUUCACUUCGACCCGAGCCUGGGCCAGGCUGAGAGCGACGGAGACUCCAGGCGGAUGCAGCGGGCGCGACGAUCUCGGCGGCAUCGUAACGACGACUCCAGUUCCAGUGACGGCUACGAGGACCCAACGCCGUCCUCGUCGAGGAUCACCGUGCACUCUCAGCCCAAGUCUCACAGGACGAGAAGGAGCAAAGACGGAGGAGCUGCUCGAGGGUCAUCGGACAGCGGUGCCACGUCCAGGCCGGAGCGGCCCCACUGCAGCCGGAACUCACGGCCCGUGGUUGAGGCCCCGCUGGAAGACGACGAUUGCAGCACGUGUUCUAGUUCGAGUUCGGACGACUUCCCGUACGAGUUGCCCCAGCGACGAGCCUACGGUGGUGUGAGAAUAUCGUACGUUAGCAGCGAUGCCCUCGCUGUGGCCAAGCAGCGUACACGGACUAGCCCGGCCGAGAAGAAGAAUCCGGACAAGAACUGCAUCAUCUCUUGAGCGCGUCCUGCCCGUCACAGUAUUAGAGCGAUGGGUGGGGAGGGUGCAGGAACCGAUGAUGAUGUAAGCGAAUGCGCCAAACAGAAUUGUGUAAGGCUGUAAUUCCAGAACGGUACAGUUUUAAUAUUCCAGUGCACUCUACUGCCAAUGAGCUGCUGCUGGGUUAAUUAUGAAACCUUUUGCUUUUGAAGGUUUUGUAUUGCUCAUCGAUAAGACUCAGAAAUGUACUGCCCUCGAACCCCUUUAAAGAUAUUUUCGCAAACCGCGUGUGGCCUAGUGUUACGUUGUUCAAAGGCCAGUCGAUUCAUUUAUAAAUAUUAAAAUAAUGUCGUCUGAUCUAAAAACAAAUAUAAAAAAACUUUCCAAUAGUUUACCAAACUUUUCAAAAUCUUGACUAUCUGUGACAUGACUAUUAUACAGCACACAUAGUUCUAUAAAAGCCUCCGAUGUGAUUUACCCGAAAACGUUGUAUUGCAUUUAAAUGGUAUGUCAGAAGGUGAGUUCAAUUUGUGUGAAGAAAAUGUUCUAUGCACCUUUCGACUUGAAAGCUGCUCUGAUCAAACUAGUAAAUACAAAUGUUCAGUAGCGCUGUUAUAGAAUGCAUCGCAUAUUGUAAAACUUCUCAUAAUCAUUUAGUUUGUUUAAGUAAAAGAAAAAAAUCCCUUGCUUGCCUUUGGUAGUGAAGGUUCAGUCACAGGGGUGUAGCUUUCAGGUAAACAUCGCACUCAUCACAAAAAUGCAACUAUCAUUUUUAAUGUUGAUAUGCAUAUGUAUAUAACUUAGAUCCCCCGCAAUUCAGGGCUUGUUAAAAAAAAAAGAAAAACAACACACAUAUGUAUAUUAAAGAUUUUUUUUUGUGUGUGUUAGUAAUGAACUGAAAUUUUUAAUGAAAAGAAAACCUCUGGGAAGUAUUCUCAAAGUCUCUGGCUUUCCCCCUCUUUUUUUUUUUUCUUCUUCUUUUCUUCUCUGUACUUUGAAACAAGAUGUUUCCAAGAGUUCAAUGCCAUGAUUGAAAGUAAAAGAUUUAAAAACGGAUCCUGUAUAAGAGCAACACGGAUUCGGCAGUCUUUGUCGUGAGCUAUCCAACAAUACUUUGAUGUCCUGUGGUCAAGAGUGUACUUCUCUACUCUCGAACCGAGGGCCAGCCAAAAACACGUAUCAUGACUUCCAUCUGGUAGACUAAAACAAGCCCUGCCUGCAGUUUGCGUUCGUUAAAUCUUUAUUCUUUCCGAAUGGGGUUCCGAAAAUCACUAACGUAAGAAACGUCAAAGAUAUCUCUCACUAUAGUUAUGCUCAACGAGCGCCAUUUGAGGCACAGUCGCGAAAGCCCGCAGCUCUGCACCAACACCAACUCAACUCUUCGACGUCAAGCCACUUUGGUGGAGCUACUGUCGGCAUGGGGUGGCGCUGCUGUCGGCAUGGCGCAUGCGCAGAUGCUGCACAUCAGGCCAGCCUGGUUUCUGGGCACGCGCACCCCUGAUGUGGUCAGACGAUGGGGUUGUUUUCUGGAAUAUGAUGCUUUUGUUUUUAGCAUGAACAUUCGCGGAGAGGAGACGGUUUAUGAAGCGAAGUGCUCGCGUCUAAUCCUCCCCGUGGCGCUCCACUGACUUUUUGAUCGGGAAAGUAGCCUCGUUCCCCGAUAAUUGUGUGGCAGAACUUUGUUGAUAGUGUAAUUUGGCACGAUAUAAAAUGACCUCUCUCAGAGUUUUAUUUGUACCUGAUCACGUUUAUAAUAUAUGAGCACGCCUGAACUUGUCCCGCAUAUUCACAACUGUUUCAAAAUAAAAAUAAUUUAUAUGCAAAAAUAAACAAAAAAUUGCUCCCCUGUAAGAUGAAAACUUGCACGUCGUAUCGUAAGCACGAGCAUUUACGGAAGUAUUCAUAUAUUGGAUUAAUAAUUCGAGCUUUCUUUAAAGUAAUCAAGGAGCGAGGUUUGCAUUUCGCAAUAAAUGACGGUGGCUCUGCCUGUAACAUAUGCUGCACCGCUAUUUUUGUGUGAUGUCUCAAGGCACCUCUUUCCAGAUGCGAAUCGAGAGUACAUGUAAGGGGCCGACUAGAUGCAAUUGAACGAAACCUUUCCUAGUGCACACGCGCAGUUUUCGAUUGAUAAUGUAGAAAUAUACUAGAUGACUUUCUUUUUUAUCUUCUGCUUGAGAUUGUAAUAGUGUCUCAUAAGAAGCGUGUUUGACUGAAUGGAUACUCUGCCAAAGCUUCCGAAGUGUCAAGGGACGUCUACCUCAAGUCUUCGAGACGUCCUGUUCAUGUAUACUUCCAGUUUUGUUUAUAGUUUCGCUUUUUUUUUUCAUGAUGAUUUUUUUUAUUGUACAGCGGAUUUCUUUUGUUUUUGAAGGAGUCACGGAGAGA